CCGAAAUAAGCCCCCAUCGCGAAUCACUCUCCCUCAGAGUCGGUACGAAAUAGAUUCGGGUUGCCGCGUGGUCCAGUGGGAGCCUUUGCCGUUGGGUCUUUUGGUCAUAGCCUCUGUCUCGCCUGCAGUGGGUGCCUCACGUAACUUAGGGUUCAGAGACAGGUCCAGACUCUGAACUCUGUCCCGCUAAAGUCAUCGGCCGUCCACGGUGAACCCAAUUAUACCGGCGCCUUGUCUUAAACCUUGAGCCUGCGCAGUCUUCCACUUGCAUGAUCUUUUGCACUGGCUGAUUGUCCACUCAACACCUGUCCGACCUUUUGAAUUCGCUCAAGGCACAUUGACGCAAACAGCAGCCACCAUGUCGUCUGGGAAGAUGACUUUGUACAAGCUGGUGGUGCUGGGAGAUGGUGGCGUGGGGAAGACGGCCCUCACAAUUCAAUUAUGUCUAAACCACUUUGUCGAAACAUACGAUCCUACCAUCGAAGACUCAUACAGGAAGCAGGUCAUGAUUGAUCACCAGGCAUGCAUGCUGGAAGUGCUCGACACCGCUGGCCAAGAGGAGUAUACCGCACUUCGAGAUCAGUGGAUCCGAGACGGUGAAGGCUUUAUCCUGGUCUACAGCAUCACCUCACGCAAUUCCUUUAACAGGAUACAAAGGUUUUAUCAGCAAGUCCAGAGGGUCAAAGAAUCGAGUCAUCCAGGUUCCCCAACCGGUGCAAGUUACCUGCCCGCACAAAUGAACGGCAGCCCUUCUUAUAACGGCCCUGUACCCGUCAUGCUUGUCGGGAAUAAAAACGAUCAACACCAUGAACGGGAGGUUUCGGCACAAGAAGGCCAGGCCUUGGCCAAGGAACUGGGUUGCGACUUUGUCGAAGCCUCGGCUAAGAAUUGCAUCAAUGUGGAAAAGGCGUUUUUCGACGUUGUUCGCCAACUCCGCCGGCAACGACAAAUGCCUCCCAAACAGAAUCUUCCCAUCAAAGGGCCGGGCUAUGGCCCUUCUCCUGGCGUCCGUGCUAAUUAUGAUCCUGACUAUCAACGACCUUAUCGCCCCGACACGACCAAGAAACGAGGAACUAAAUGCGUCAUCUUAUGAAUCUGAUCUGACAUGUCGACAUCGGUCGCAUGACGAAUUUAUGAAUAUCGGUUGCCCGAAUUUAGCGAGUUUUCACCUUACAAAACAUGAUUUGCCAUGUGAUUAAAUCCACGACUACUUUCUGCUCCCGAAACAGUCCAAAAACACACCCAUCUUCACCUUUCUCUGGCCAACCUUGGUCGCCACUCGCUCAUCCACUGUGCACAAGAAAGGCAGACCCUACGUGCCGCUCGAAGGUGUUGUCGGAGUCAGCUUCUUGGACAGGAUUGCCAAGCACCAGCAGGCCCACAACAGCAGUGACUACACACCGCUUCCUGUGAACUGGAGUGGAGUUCAACCUCGCCAACGUGCACAUAUCCGAAUGGACAUGGCACCUACCCACCUCCGGAGCUGGCUACGAUCCACUUCAGACCUCCUGUGCUGAUGGUGAUUGUUUGACUCUCCGCCAUCCAGGGAGUCGAGUACAAGUAGAGGAGGACUUGAUAAAGCUCACCAGCAAGCGCAGGGAUGCGCUGAGGCCACUAAAGGUAGAUCGGGUCUAUGGCGAUGGAAGACUUGGUCAUGGGCGUCCAAAGCCUAGCCAUAAGGUCAUCGCGCGGGAGAGCACCUUCUCCAACAUCGCCCGUCGCAGAGUCCUAGCCACACCAUCUGCGAUAACAGAAUAUGGAUUGACCGUUACGCUCUGAUCCUCGAGGACUCGCCUUCAAGUGGAACCCAAGCCAAAACAUCCCACAAGAGUGAAUUUUGAUUAGCGUUGAAGCAUAUCUUCACCAAAGACCCAUUGUACUGGCAACCCAACGUUUUUUGGUAUGGGACCAGAAUAGAGAUGAUCAAGAGAUAUUUUUACAAUCAAAAGUCACUAAAUCUGACCAACGAGCCAAAGAAUUUCCUUUCCCACCGCGCUGGCCAUCCUUGAUGUCAAUAUGUCGAAAAACGACUCUAACCCCAUUUGAGUUAAUAAGAAGAUACAUGGCAAGUCCCUGCAUAUUAUCAUUAUCA